AUGACGAGUGAGAAGCAAACGUUGCUCGGAGGAGAAUCUUCCACGGUCUAUAACCACAGAACUAGCACUAAAAAGAGAUCGUGGCUUAUGAUUAUCUUAGAGCUGUUGAACAUUCUUCUCGUGGGAACAUUGAUAUUCUACGUUUACACCAAGGACCUGACGCUUGCUGAUUCUACCAAUGGCGGAGUCAAUUCACCUUCCACCCUUGACCCUUCCUCGAAGAAAAAUGUUAUUUUCAUGGUUACUGAUGGUAUGGGACCAAGCUCCAUUUCUUUGGCUAGGUCUUUCAAGCAGUUUAGAGAUGGCCUUGACAUUGACAAUAUCUUGAGGGUUGACCAGCAUUUUAUUGGAUCUUCCAGAACCCGUUCGUCUUCCUCUUUAGUCACAGAUUCAGCAGCAGGAGCCACUGCCUUCUCAUGUGGAUUGAAGACUUACAAUGGAGCUAUUGGUGUUUAUCCAGAUAAGACCCCUUGUGGUACUAUUUUGGAAGCUUUAAAAUUACAGGGUUACUACACCGGAUUGGUUGUUACCACAAGAAUCACUGACGCCACCCCUGCUGCCUUCAGUGCUCAUGCUGACUACAGAUUUCAAGAAGAUUUAAUAGCAGAACAACAGUUGGGCGACUCACCCUUGGGAAGAGUUGUGGACUUAAUAAUUGGAGGAGGAAGAUGCCAUUUCUACCCAAAUUCUCAAGGAAACGGGGAAGGCAGUAACGGAUGUCGUGCUGAUAACAGGAAUUUAAUAGAAGAAGCUAAGGCAGACGGUUGGUCAUACGUCGGAACCAGAAGUGAGUUUGAUCAAUUGGAUGGUGGUAAGAAUGUCACAUUCCCUCUCUUGGGUUUGAUCGCAGACACCGAUGUUCCAUACGACAUUGACAGAAACCCUAAGGAAUAUCCUUCCUUAGCUGAACAAGCAAAGGUUGCACUUACUGCAUUGUCUAGAGCUACUGAAGACAGCGACAAGGGAUUCUUUCUUUUGAUCGAAGGUUCAAGAAUCGACCAUGCUGGCCACCACAAUGACCCAGCUGCCCAGGUUCGUGAAGUGUUAGCAUUCGAUGACGCUUUCAAUGAGGUCCUUAAAUUCAUUGAUGAGACCGAUACUGACACUAUUGUUAUCUCAACUUCUGAUCAUGAAACCGGUGGCUUGGCAACUGCAAGGCAAAUCGCUCCAGACUACCCUGAUUACUUGUGGUACCCUGAAGUCUUACUCAAUUCUAGUCAUUCAGGUGAAUUUUUAGCAAACAAGGUGUAUGACUUUAAGGUGAAUAACGUAGAUGGGGAUAAGUACUCCUCAUUAGAUGAAUUUCUUACGAGGGAAAUAUUUGAAAACGAUUUAGGAAUUAAGGAUUACACACACGAAGACAUUCAGCAGAUUAAAAACGCCGGGGUCAAUAAGGAAGCAUUAUUGUAUACCUUAAACAACUUGGUUUCCGUUAGAUCGCAAACGGGCUGGUCUACUCAUGGUCAUUCUGCCGUUGACGUGAAUAUUUACGGAUACACCAAUUCACACGCCUUGGGCAAUGAGUUGUUCCAAAGCAGUCCAUACUCUGGAUUAUUCGGAAACCAUGAAAAUAUUGAAAUUGGUAGAUUCAUGGAAAAAAUUACUGGUGUUAACCUUGACGAGAUCACCAAAAAGAUCAAAGGUAUCAAGCAUCAUCCACAAGUUAGCGAAGAAGAGAUCGAAAUCACUUCAAAGAAGCACACCCAUGAAAUGAUUGUAGAGAACUUGGAAUAG